AAUAAACUAUAUAUAUUUUAGUGUAUGUAAUUUUUAACUAAAAUUAUUUUAGUCUUUUAAGGUUUUUAAUAAAAAUAUAAUAAUGAAAAUACAUAGCACGAUUUAAUUGAACCAACUCUAUGAAAUAAAAAGCAAUAAGCAGGUUUCUUUCUCAAAAAAAAUUGAACCAACGAAACACAUAUUAACACAUUAGCAUAGGCAUCGACAAAAAAGAUUCACAAUCAUAAUGAUAAGUAACAUUUGUUUAAAAAAAAAAAAUUUGGGUAAAAAACUGCAAGUAACGUUAAAAAAAUAAAAAUAAAAAUUUGUAAAUGUUAUGAGAGAAAAUCAAAAUAAUUCGUACAGUGACAAAGGUCAAAAAGUACGAGGAAAGUGGUCAACAAGAUUAGUAGAUUACUUUAAAGUGUAAAGUGUAAAGCAUAUAAACAGUGAUGUAGCAAUUAUAAGCUGAAGAACACGACAAAGACUCUCUCAUCACUUUCACUAUUUCACAAACCCAUCUGAUCUUAAUAAUAUUCCUGAAAGAAAGAAACAAAAACUAUGGCGGAAGGAGCUUUAUUCCACCUCGCCGGAAAAGUCCUUGAACUGCUGGGUUCCUUCACUCUCCCAGAGGUCAAACUGGCCUUCUGUGUUCAAACUGAGAUUGAAAAACUAACAAGCACAGUUUCCACAAUCCAAGCUGUGAUUCUUGAUGCAGAAAAGCAGAGUUCUCAUAAUCAUCAGAUCAAAGAUUGGCUCAGAAAGCUCAAAGGUGUUCUCCAUGAUGCUGAUGACUUGCUGGAUGAUUUCUCAACCCAAGUUUUGCGGCACAAGGUGAUGAGAAAGAAGAAGGUACGCAUUUUCUCUUCCAGUUCUAAUCGUAUUGCUUUUAGUCCUAAGAUGGGUCGUCAGAUAAAAGCAAUUAGGGAGAGACUAAAUGCCAUUGCAAAAGAUAAGGAGGAUUUCCACUUUAUUCAAAGCUUCAUUGAGCCACAAGUCAUGAGUAGGGACAGAGAAACUUAUUCUUUUGUUCUUGAAGAUGAAGUUGUUGGGAGAGAGAAUGAUAAGGAAGUGAUUAUCGAACUUCUUUUUGGUGACAAUGUUGUAGAGAAUAUUUCUAUCAUUCCUAUUGUUGGUAUUGGAGGAUUAGGGAAAACCACACUAGCUCAACUGGUUUACAAUGAUCAAAGUGUCAACAAAAAUUUUGAGCUAAAACUUUGGGUUUGUAUCUCUGAAAUCUUUGAUGUAAAACGAAUUGUUAAAGAAAUUUUAGAACAGUUGACAGAUGAGAGACUUAAAGAAAGCUUUGAGAUGCUGCAAAAUCAGCUUCGAGAAAAACUUAGUGGAAAAAAGUACUUGCUUGUCUUGGAUGAUAUGUGGAAUGAGGACAAUACUAAAUGGCUUCUCUUGAAAAAUUUAUUAAUGGUAGGUGCAAGGGGAAGUAGGAUAGUUGUAACCACUCGUUCUGAAAUGGUGGCAAGCAUAACAGGGACAACUUCAUGGUAUGCUCUAAGAGGCCUACCUGUAGAAAAGGCUUGGAAUUUGUUUGUAAAAGUUGCAUUUGGACAAGGCCAACUGCCAAAGAACCAAGCCUUUAUUAGCCUGGGAAAGGAGAUUUUGGAAAAAUGUGUUGGGGUACCUCUUGCCAUAAGAACAAUAGCAAGCUUGCUACACUCCAAAGCUUCUGAAAAUGAGUGGCGAUCUUUCAAGAAUUAUGAACUCUCAAAAAUAACUCAAGGAGAAGAAAAUAAUAUUUUAUCAACGCUUAAGUUGAGUUAUGAUCAUCUUCCAUCAUACUUAAAACAAUGCUUUGCUUAUUGUAGAUUGUUUCCAAAAGAUUACGAGAUUGAUGUAGAGACAUUGAUUGAUCUUUGGGCAGCCCAAGGUUUUAUUAAGUUGUCAAAUCCAAAGCAACGUGUUAAGGAUGUUGGUAGAGAGUACUUUAUGUUAUUACUUUGGAGGUCAUUCUUCCAAGAUGUUGGAGAAGAUUUUAGGGGCAAUAUAUGGUGCAAAAUGCAUGAUCUCAUGCAUGAUCUUGCAAUCUCUGUGGCUGGAACUGAAUGUACUGUACUACAUUCAACUGAGGAAAAUAUUGGUGAAAAUGUUCGUCAUGUAUCAUUUAAUCUUUUGGAUUCAUCAAAGCAGUUUCCAAUCAUCAAAUUUGAAGGAAAGAGGAUACGAACAGUUCUUGGACAUAGAAGAGGGCAUGACUUUACUUGUAAUGCGCUCGUUUCAAAUCUUAAGUAUUCACGCACACUAGAUUUGAGCUAUCUACGGUCACGAAAAAUGCCGAGUUCAAUUGGGAAGUUGAAGCAUUUAAGAUAUCUUGAUUUUUCUGAAAAUGGUUGCAUUAAAAUUCUCCCUAAUUCCAUUGUCAUGCUGCUGAAUUUGCAAACACUGAAGCUCAAGAAUUGUCGUGCACUUAGAGAAUUACCCAGGGACACCAAAAAUCUGGUCAAUCUUAGGCAUCUAGAUAUUUCUGGUUGUAUUACACUGACUCAUAUGCCUUACGGACUUGGAAAUUUGACUUCUCUUGAGAUACUACCAUAUUUUGUUGUGAGAGGCGGAGGUGUCAAGGCCAGGGCGAGUGGUGGGCUCAGUGAAUUGAAUAAGCUGAGCAAUUUGGGAGGAAACCUGUGGAUUCUGAAUCUAGGACAUGGAAAAGAUGACAUGAUGGAAUGUAAAGCUGCAAAUAUGAAGGAGAAACAACAUCUUCACCAACUGAAAUUAUGGUGGAACAUAGAGUUGGUUGGAGAAACCGAAUGUUACGAUGAAAUGUCACUAGAAGGUCUCCAGCCACAUCCAAAUCUUAAUGUGUUGGAAUUAUCGUUUUAUAUGGGUGUUACAAUUCCAAGUUGGGUCUCUUCGCUCACUAAUCUUGUCGAUUUGCAAUUGUGGAGUAAUUGUAGAUGCCACCACCUCCCACCAUUAAAUCAACUCCCUUUUCUCAACUCUGUCUGUCUUGUAAAUAUGGAAGCACUUCAAUACAUAUCAGAAGACAUUGUUAGUAAUGUGUUAGGUUACUCAAUAACAACGUUCUUUCCAUCAUUAUUUUCUCUCAAAAUAAAUAAAUGCCCUAAUCUGAAGGGAUGGUGGAGGAAAGAUGAUAAUGAUGGGCCAGGCCAUCUGUUGCUGCCAUCAUUUCCUCGUCUCUCUAAAUUGGAGAUUGAAGAUUGCCCUAAUCUUACUUUCAUGCCCUUGUUUCCAUAUCUUAAAGUAGAGCUGAAAUUGUGGGAAGCUAGCUUGAAGGUAUUGCAGCAAACAAUGAAUAAACAGAGACCAUCAACAUCAACAUCCUCCUCAUGCUACUUUCCUCUCUCUGAAUUAGAUUUUUUGUAUUUAAAAGGGGUUAAUGAUUUAGAAUCUCUUCCAGAGAAGUGGCUGCAAAACCUUGUUUCUCUUCGGAGACUUUUCAUUUAUCGGUGCCAUGGACUUAGGUCUCUUCCUUGUAAAGGUAUUCAACAUCUCACCUCUCUUCAAGAGAUGAACAUAGUGGACUGCAAUGAGCUGGCUCUGGUAAAUGACGAAGAUGAUGGCAUGCAAUGGCAAGGCCUUCGGAGCCUCCAUUCUCUACGUUUUUGGGGAACUCCAAAGUUGGUGUCUCUACCAAAUGGGCUUCAACAUGUUACCACUCUUCAAAAACUCGAAAUUCUUAAUUGUAAUGAUUUAAUGGCUAUACCGGAGUGGAUAGGCAACCUCACAUCACUACAUCAUCUUUCAAUUUCUGGAUGCUCCAAUCAAACGUCACUGCCUCAAGAGAUUUGCAAUAUCUCCUCCUUACAAAUUUUUGAGAUUAAAAAUUGUCCUAAUUUGAUGGCUUUACCUGAGUCCAUAGAUAACCUCACAUUACUACGUGUGCUUACAAUUGGGCAAUGGCCCAAUUUGACGUCACUGCCUCAAGAAAUUUGCAAUCUCACCUCUUUAGAAUCUCUGAAGAUUGAAAGUUGUCCUAAUUUGAUGGCUUUACCUGAGUCGAUAGGCAACCUCACAUCACUAAGAGGUCUUGUAAUUGACAAAUGCCAUAAUCUGACAUCAUUGCCUCAAGGGAUUCGUGAUCUCACCUCUUUACAAUUACUAAUAAUUACUGAUUGUCCCAUUUUACUGCAAAGAUGCCAGUGGCAAAUAGGUGAAGAUUGGCCCAAGAUUGCUCAUGUCCCAAACUUGAAACUGCAUUAUUCGAAGCAAUGAGAAACAAGUUCUUUAGGGAACAGAUGGGCUCAAAAUUCAGACCCUAUUCAAAAACUGCAAUUGUGCAAUAUGACAAGAAUUCGGAGCCUCUGUCCAAGCAUUGGGCCACAUUGCACACGUUAUUUUCUUUAAUGAGUUUAAUCACUACAAGUAUGGGGCAUUGUGUGAUGGAUGGAUAGAGUUCCUGGAGUUCUUUAAGUCAAAGAGAUGUAGUAUGGGUACUGACGGUUGAGCCAAGACAGGUAAGAGAAGGAGUUUUAUUAAAUGUCCCAAAGAUGGAGUAACUUGCUGCAAAGCGAUGCAGAGGAAGGAAAAAGAAAAACCAUAUGAUGGGACAGAGAUUAAUAUCCUUUUGCUGAAGAAAUAUACCUAAGAUUCUACAGAAACAUGAAUUGAGGAGGCGGUAAUGGAUCAUAAGAUUGCUGGUGCCCCAAAUAUUCUAACCUAGACCAGAAGGAUCUCACCCCAUUAGUUGCAUAGUUGACAACUUCAAGUGCAAGGCAAAUUGGGGCUUGCUCUAUUGAGAUGGCUUUUGAGACUUCCACAACAAAGAACCUCUUUCGGUGUGCUGUUAUCUCUACAUAGCAUGACUUUGUUUUAGUCAGAAGCAGAACAAAGAUUGAGGUCUACCGAUGUAGACAUUCACAAAUCUGGAGAUAAUAUUUAUCUGUGUUGGCGCAAGGUCAAGAACUCAGUGAAUCAUAGCAAAUUUCUUAGAACUUGGGAGCACUUGUCCAGGCAGCUAGCACAGCUGGAAUUAGCUUACUAAACCGACUGACUUUGAAGUCAGAGAAGAAUGAGAGAAUCACUGAAUGAGUCUAAUUUGUUCAUUCAUGCACAAAUUCAAAGGUUAUUCUGCUCAAAACAAAACCCAAAUUUAAGAACGUUUGGUUUUUCCAUUGGUUGGUAAUUUGGCACUUUCUCUCUUUGCUAAAGCCGUGGCCCUUUCUUCUUGAAUUUUGACUGUUAAGACAAAAUUCAAGAACCUGCCCUGUUCAAAACUUUCUGGCCCUGAAAUCAUGUAACAAGUAGUGGACUCAAUGACUCUGUUUGAAUAUUGGGCAACGUUGUGCAUGUUCUUUUCAUUAAUCAAUGAAAAGAGGAGGAGACCAACAUGCAGGGCCUCCACGCAAGUAUGGGGGAUAGUGUACAUGGAACUUUUAAGCCAUAGAGAGGUAGAACGAGUAAGGAUGAUUGAGACAUGACUAGUAAGAGAAGCAGUUUGAUUAAAUAUCCCAAAGAUGGAGUAAUUCGCUGCAAAGCAAUGUGGAGCAUAUUUGCCUUAAUUUCUUAAGGUGAGCCAUUGUUUUGGGUUUAAUAGAGAGGCAAAUAGAGCUAUUGUUUCCUCUACAGAUGACAGUUCCUCUAAGAAUGCAACCUGUCUCAUAACCCCUAAUUUGUGAAACUUGAGGCUACAUGUUUGUUUGUGGAUGUCAGCCAUUAUACGGCCGUGUAGUUCCCCAUUGAAGGGUUGUCAAAUGGUGACUAUACAGCCCUAAGCAAACAAAGUCUUGAAUCUAGCUAUCACAAUGAAUAUGUUUAAAGAUCACAUAAUGAUGUGGAAUGGUCAUAUUAGUCCCUUUGGAGAAGUAUUAGUCACCUUCAACUGUUUUGUUAGAGAAAUGAGGACAAUUGAGUAGAUCUAGUUAGUUCAACCGGAAUGCUGAAAUUGCAAUUCUCAACUUGUUGAUUAAUAUUGCCAAGUAGACGGUCAAGUAUAUGUAUUUCACUUCAAAAUUUUUAAUUUGGGGGGCCAAUUUUGUGUGAGGUUUUUGUGGAUCAACUUAUUGGGCUCCUCUUCCAAUUAUAACUUGGGAGCUCUUUGUACUUGUCUGUAUACCAAUUAAUGUUUGGAGGUUUUAUUUAUUUAUUUUUCUUAUGGGGAUGAAAACUUUGGUAAGAAAUUCUACAUAUCUAGAAACUUAUUUGAAUCUA